UGGAUGAAUUUGCCGGCAAAGCAGCUGACUGAUCCAGAGCCAGAGUGAUAAAAAACCUGCUGAUUUUAUAAACAGUGAACAUUUCACAUUUGUUAUUUCAAAAAGUUUAACUUUAAUUUCGAAUUAAUAAAUUUGCCUUUCAAGACUUUAAGUUACUGUUUAACUCUAAUGCUACUGCUGCUAUUAUAACGGUGGAUUCGUCAAAUAAUCUCCAGAAAUAUGACGAAUUCCCUCACUUCCCGUUUGACAAACGUGUUUAUUCACAACUCAAGCUUUCGACUUAUUAAUGAGCCAUUUCCCAAAAAAUAUUCCUUUAUAUCACCCUCAACUCGUACUCCCUUGAAGUUAAAAGGGAUAAGCUUCGCCCCUUGUUUGUGUCUUUAUCGGCAAUCAGUUCGUAAUUAUGGCAUUCUUGUGCCAAAAAACGCAGGCAAGUUGUUUAACGGACGAAGCCAGUUUUUGGGAAUUCGAAAUUUUUGGAACGGUCCAAUGUCCCCUGAAAAGAAAAAGACGCGGAUAACAUCGACAAUGUACUAUUUAGCAGCCUUAGGCGUAUUAACGGUGGGGGCGUCAUAUGCAGCGGUUCCACUCUACAGGAUAUUUUGUGCGUCCUACAGUUAUGGUGGGACAACCUCAACUCAUGCCCCAGACAAGGAUUUGUCGAAAAUAAAGAAAGUCAUGAACAAGGAAAUCAGAAUUCGAUUCUUUGCAGAUAAAUCGUCAUCAAUGCAGUGGAAUUUCAAACCUCAACAGUCAGAGAUUAUUGUCACUCCUGGCGAAACAGCACUCGCAUUUUACCGAGCUGAAAAUAAAACGCCUCUACCCGUCGAUGGGAUUUCCACCUAUAACGUCAUCCCCUUCGAAGCUGGACAAUACUUUAAUAAAAUCCAAUGUUUUUGUUUUGAAGAGCAGCGACUUAAUCCGGGCGAAACGGUUGAAUUGCCAGUCUUUUUCUAUAUCGACCCCGAAUUUGUUAAAGAUCCCAAGAUGGAAAACGUUACGGAGGUCUCAUUAUCGUAUACGUUUUUCGAGUCGAAGGAAAUGCCCGGAUUUAAUUUGGCAGACUUAAUGCGACCUCAUGGAAGUAGAGAAAAUGCCAAAAUGGGGGUCGUAGCGGCGGCCGAGAGUUCUACUAGUCCACCUGAUAAACUGAUUGCAACUAAUUAAAUAAGUUAGAUUCCAACUAUUAAGUUUAUCAUUUAUUUUAAAUUUAUCAAUCAUUUAUCAUGAAUUGAGGUGACAAAAAUUACAAUAGUAAAUGUAUAAUUAAUUAAUUUUCUGAAAACGUGAAUACAUAACCAGUGGAACCUACAA